UUUUUUUUCUCUCUUUGUACUUUUACAUUUUUACAUUGUGAAGCAGCCACCUUGUUCAACAUAUGGACAACAUUCCGAUUCAGGCACGACCUAUCGCAAGACCUCGUUCAAAUUCACGAAGAGUAGGAGGCUCACAGCGCAUUGCAGGCGAUGCUCAUGAAAACCUUCAUCCAGCAGCUGGUUCUCUUCAUAUAGUCGACAGCUCCUUCUAUGAAGAGAGUAAUCCUUUCCUGGCAACCAGCAAACCAAAUCUCUCUAUCAAUCGGGUCCCUUCAAAGCAAUCCAAUGCUGACAUUAAUACUAUUACCAGUACUAAUACUACUUCUACGGAGUCUAUACCAUCCCAAAGUGCCGAUGUACCGACGCCUACGACUGUACUGCCUUCAUCACCAAGUACAUCGCAACAGCAUAUACAGCCUGAAUCUCGGAGUAGAUCAAAGAGUCAACGCUCUGGAUAUACAAUCGAUUACCGCAAGGUGACUACAGAAGAUUUGAAGCAGGCCCGGAAAGAAUUGAAAGCCUGGGAAGCCAGCUUUAAAGCGACCCACCAACGUGCAGCUACUCAGGAGGACAUUGCUAAGGAUGACGUUAUGGUCAAGAAAUAUAGGACAUAUGGAAAGAUCAAGAAAGCGUUGGCAGCAAAGGAAACAAAAGUGCCAGAAAAAACCACAGAGACUUCAACAGGACAAACAACUUAUGCUGAAGCCUCAAAUGACAGUACAGUGCCUCGGACUCCAACAAAGGAGUCUCGGACAUAUGAUGCGACAGCAGGGAUGAGAACACCAUCCAGGAAACAGGAAGUCGAAUUUGUAUCACCUCGCAAGGUCGUCAGCACAGCUGGUUUUAUGUCACCCAGUCGAAGCAGUAAAAGUGGAGAAGAUCGUUAUCAGUUCCUUGCUGGCAUCAGCACACCGAAAUCACAGCGGAUCAAAUCCAAUGGUCCAUCGCCAUCAAAGAGUGGUAGCAGUAGGAGGUCGAUGGCUCAAUCACCUUCUCUCAAAUCACCUUCGAACCUCUUUACUAUCAGUGAACACGUUGCGGAGAAUGCAGAGCAUUCAUCUGGAUUCCCAGUAUCACCAACAAUUAGAGCUGCGGCGAUCCAGCGGCUGCCUCAUUCUACUACACCCUCUCGUUCACCUCGAACUCCAACAUCAAUGAGGACAAAUAGCCUACAUCUGCCUAACCCAUUCCAAUCGCCGACACGUCCAAGGACGUCACCACUCUUUGGUGGUAUGAACAACCGGCGUCAAAGGAAAAUACCUAGACCAUCAGCACCCGUCAUUGCAGACCUUGUAUCAUCAUCUUUGGCUAUGCAAAGUUCCCAAGGAUUCAGUGCUGAUGAAGAAUGGAAUGUGGCUAGUUCCUCCCAACAUUCAGCUGUUCAAAUCACCCCUCGAACACCUGAGGCUGAUAUGACGGGAACAAUCAAAAACAUGGCAGAAUUGAUGUUGCCGACUCAAUCAAGUCCCUCACGCACUUCAACCGUACCUAGGACACCAAGCCAACAACCCAGCCUGACAUUUUCUCAGACAACUCCUGGAAGUGCCAGGUCAGAUGUUGAUCUCUUUGUUGUGCCAGCUGGCUUUCAUUCGCAUUACAGGAGGCGGACCAUCCGAUCUACUCUGCUUAUGGCUAGUCAAGAAGAGGAUAAACAAUUUGAGGAGGAAUUUUUAGGAACCCAUCAAGAAAAGAAUGCUAGGGCUAAGGUGGCCUCAAGUAAUGAUACUAGUAUUCAGGAUGCUCCUCUAAACGGCGUUGUCGUUGAGCAAGGCAAUGACACAGACUGGGCUGAUUACAACAGCGAACAAGAUAUGAUGGAGCAGACGCCGUUUGGCCCAACCCGUAAAGCACUGCCAAAAAAACGAUAUACCCAGAAGAGAUCGACACGUCUUCACAAAAUUGCUGUUGCGCCCUCUGAAAAAGCUGAAGCAGCAAUGCGUGCUACUAAGCCUUCAUCCCGUUCACGGAAAGCGCCGAACUCUGCUGUGCAAGGUAGUGAAGAGGAGGAUAACGAUGAGGAGGCAACAAUAUCUCAAGAACAAAACAUAAGACAGGAACAAACUAAGGCAGAUGGGGCUGAUGCUAGCAUUAUAGAUGGCGUUAAGGAAUAUGGCUGGGGUGACUCGAAUAAACCAAUGGUCAAAAGUGAUAGAAGCACUCUAUCCACUACUGGUCAAAAUCGAGUUGGAUCCCGUCAGUCGACCAGCAAAUUUGGAGGCCCUGUAGCUGAUGGCAAUUAUGUUGCAUAUAAUCUCCAAGGCCGUGGCUUCAAGAAAGGCAGCAUUCGUGGCAAAUCACGUUUCGCGAACUCGAAAUUCAGAGGCUAUGGAGCAGGAGGACCAAGUACCGGCCGAAUGCCAUUUGAUCAGGAGAGUUGGCGCACGGAGUUCGAUAAGGAUAUUGAAGAGGCCGCCCUGGCGAUGACUUUAGCUGACAAAGACAUGUUAAUUGAGGAUGACGAAGAAGACGAGGAUGACACACCGUGGUAUGGUAAUGUCAAUGAUGUUACUGAUCCGUACGUUGUGACACUCUCGAAAAAAUAUUUGCAGUCACAUUUUGGAGAUAUUGGCGAUCCAGAUGAGUAUAUUGAGGAGAUACAGCUGAGAAACGAGUAUAAUAGCGAUGAAGAUACGCAGAACAGCAUUGCUGAGGGUUUUCGAGUGAAUCUAGAACAUGUUUUAAAGAAAGUGUGGGGUUAUCCAUCUUUCCGGGAAGGGCAGUUAGAUGCUGUUAAGAGAAUCCUAGCUUAUGAGUCGACGUUGCUCGUUCUGCCAACAGGCAGUGGAAAAUCCCUUUCAUACCAACUCCCUGCGUACAUCUUCUCCAGACUUGGUAUACCAAGUCUAACGUUGGUGAUUUCUCCAAUGAUCUCUCUUAUGUAUGAUCAAGUCAAAUGUCUGCCUCCAAGGCUAGUUGGAGCUUGUUGGACAAGCGUUGAACAGUCGCCGGCUCAAUUCAAAGAUUUUAUGGACAAGUUGACUUCGAACGUCAUCAAGAUUCUUUUCAUUUCUCCAGAAAAACUACAAAGCCAGUCUUUUCUAAGCUUGGUCCGAGCAAGGCGUUUACCUCGCAUUUCUUUCCUCUGUGUGGACGAAGUGCAUUGUCUCUCAGAAUGGUCUCACAACUUUCGACCAGCCUAUUUGCUUUUGAAUCAAGUCCUCAAAAUGGAUCUCAAAUCACCAUGUGUGCUUGGAUUGACAGGAACGGCGACAGAAGGGACCAAGGACUCGAUUUGUGCAAUGUUGGAUAUUGACAGGAUCAAUGGUGUACUUUCUGGGCCGGUGAUUCGUGAGAAUCUCGCCAUGACUGUGUCUAUGGAGAUUGAAAGGGAGACCGCCUUGCUUAACUUGCUUCACUCGCCACGGUUUGAGAGAAUGGACUCGAUCUUGAUCUAUGUGAUGAAACAAUCACAAGCGGACGCACUUGCAGGGUUUCUGCGCGUACGCAAUUUCAGUGCUGAAAGUUACCAUGCUGGAAAAUCGGCUCUUGACCGUCAGCGGAUCCAGCAGCGAUUCAUGAACAGUAGUUCACAAAAGAGUGCACUCUCUGGAAGUCAAUUGAGUGCAAGGCCUAUUGGUGCAGGCAUAUCAACAGGCGGUAGCGGAAUUCGGGUUUUAGUCGCUACGAUCGCAUUUGGAAUGGGGCUUAACAAAUCCAAUAUCCGUAGCGUGAUCCAUUACUGCAUGCCCAAGUCAUUAGAGAAUUAUAUUCAAGAGAUUGGACGAUCAGGCCGUGAUGGAGCGAGGGCCUACUGUCACAUGUUUCUCAACCAGGAUGACUAUCUCCGAUUAAGAAGUCUGGCCUAUGCAGAUGGGAUGGAUUGGGGGACUGUUUUGCGAUUGAUCAGACAACUUUUCUCGAGACGAGGGUUUAUGAGCUCUUCAUCAGUUCAAGGACUCGGCGGAGUGAAGAGCAAAAAAAGGCGUGGACAGAUGAAGGACAAUGAUGAUGAGAAUGGAGACAGUGAUGGAACUUCUACAGAGGACAAUGGCGUAAAUCACCCUGGAUCUAAAAAGCGAAAACAGAAUGAUCACCAGGCCCUGAAUAUCAGCGGAUCAAAGUCAGGAAUAAAAAGCGACCGUAAGGAACAAAAUAUUGUUUUAUCUACGUCCAGCAUAUUGGUCAUUCCCCCACUAAUCGACAACAGUCUGUUAAGGACCAAUAAGUAUUCAAGGCGAAAGAGACUUGUUGUGAUCCGUGAAGAGUUAGUGGAGGAGGAUUUUGAUAUCAAAAAAGAGGUUCUUGCAACAUUGUUGAGUUAUAUUGAGCUGGACCCGUCUCAACCAAUCAAAGUUAUAGGAUCAAUCUCUGCUAAAUGCACAGUAAAAUUUUUGCAAACAGCAGAAGAACUUUCUGAAUUAGCAGAAAAGGUUCCCUUGGUUGACAUUAUUUUGAAGCAAGGUGUUAUGACAGGACAUAACACAGGUGGAUCUGGCUCCUCAUUUGGAAAAGGACGUAAGGGCAAGGCAGGUAUUGCAGGGACCACUCUCUCGAUGGCAUACUGCUGUGAUACGAUGUCAUUGUGUCAGGAAAGUGAGCUGUCGUUUACAGAGCUGAUUCAGGAGCUUCAACAAUGGAAGCGUAAGAAAUGGGUCGUGUAUGAAUUGACAGAUCCUGGGUUGUGUGUGGAAAUCCAAAAGGAGCCUGAGGAGUGCAUGUUGGAGCUUCGAAAGCAGCAGGAACAGAAACAAAAGCAGGCGGAUGAAAACGUUGGAAUGAACAUGGAUGUGGAUUCUACUGAUGAGACAAUAGAUAGAGAUGGCGGACAGGAACGCAACUCUGAGACAAGCGAAAAGGAUUAUGAUGACUUCAUCAGGAUGCUUGCGGAUCGAUUGCAUCGAAAGCUUUGUGCAGUGGAGCGUGUUGGUGUCGCCAAAAUUGAUCGAGUCUAUGAACUAUUCCAGUCUGUGGCAACGCCCACAUGGCAAGAGCAAAAAGUUCUUCAGACCACGGAACAGGAUUUCGAUGAGAAUGAGGAAGUUAACAACGGUAGCUUUGAUGGAGAUGAUGGGGAUGGUGAUGAAAGCAGCGAAUAUGAUGAGGAUAUUGACCCAGAAUAUAUUCAGAUGCGAUUACAAGCCAAGGCAGAAGCCAAGGCAAGAAAAAAGUCUGUUGUUCAGGCUCGGUGUCGUACAUUUAAUGGUGUCCGUGGCGUGACAGAAUCCGAGAUGGUGUUGCGACAUGGCAUUCAGGAAUACUUUGCAAGGAGAUCAGGCGAGGGCAUCGGUGGUUUGGAUGCAGAAGAUUCUCUUUUUGAUCAGGAUGAAAGCUUGAAUCAUGACCAGUCUGAUAGAGUGAUGGAUAAGACGAUUCAGCUGUAUAACUACGAGGUCGAUAUAGUGAGGGAUCUACAACGUAAAUGGCGCUCAGCUGUAGAGGUGGAUCUUAAAGUGUUUUUGAACCAGUUGUGGCACCAGCAGACAGCAAUUACAGAGAGCCAUAACAACAGCAAGAUGAUGGGGGAUUCACCUCGAAUUGUGAGUAGGAUUUUUCAUGGUAUCUCAAGUCCGAAGUACCCUGCAUUGGAGUGGUCGCGGCACAAGUAUUGGGCCAAAUAUGUACACUAUGACUUUGCACAGCUGAUGCGAAUGGCCGACCAGAUUAUUAAGGAGCAACGACGGCGUGCCUCUCAAUUACAACAGCAGCAGCAGUAACCAAAGAAACCGAAAAGAAAC